GAUAUUCAAAGCACAUGUAGCAGUGCUCGUAUUAGCCUUUCAGCUGGAUGGUAAAUAUUAAAAACGCCCAUUAGGCAAUAGCAGAUACUGACAGUGUGUGAGAGAUGUCCUUCGUGUCAGUGAGUGGAGCACAUGAGUCCUGCGUAGAUGACAUCGCUCCUCCGCGCACUGAAGCCGCAGCUGGAGGAGAGCUGCUGCGUCAGGUUCUAGUCUCGGGGCUGCACUCACGAUGCUAAGCAGGCCGUGGGCAACGAUGGGCCACGCACUGCUGUGAACAACAUUAAUCGGUCAUACGCGGUGUUUGUUGGAUCAGUGUGCAGCGAGUCCGCGAUGAUGUCCUCGUACUACCACCCGGCUAAAGAAGCAGACAUGGCGGCCAUGACAGAACCACUGUGCCUGGAGAGAGAUGUAUGCAGGGUGAUCGAGCUGCUGGACCGACUGCAGCGGACUGGUGAGCUGCCUCCUCCCAAACUGCAGGCCCUGCAGAGAGUCCUACAGAGCAAGUUCUGUGCUGCCAUUAGAGAGGUUUAUGAGCAGCUCUAUGACACUCUAGACAUUGUUGGAGGACCAGAGGUGCGAGCCCAGGCAACAGCCAAGGCCACAGUGGCAGCCUUUGCAGCCAGUGAGGGGCACGCCCACCCACGGGUGGUAGAACUGCCCAAGACAGAAGAGGGGCUGGGCUUUAACAUCAUGGGUGGAAAAGAGCAGAACUCACCCAUCUAUAUCUCAAGAGUUAUCCCUGGAGGAGUGGCUGACCGCCAAGGUGGGCUGAAGAGAGGAGACCAGCUACUUUCUGUCAAUGGUGUGAGUGUUGAAGGGGAGCACCAUGAAAAGGCUGUUGAGCUGCUGAAGGCUGCACAGGGAUCAGUCAAGUUGGUGGUCCGCUACACCCCGAAGGUGCUGGAGGAAAUGGAGGCUCGCUUUGAGAAGAUAAGGAGCGCCCGGAGACGACAGCAGCACACCAGCUACUCAUCUCUAGAAUCCAGAGGCUAACUAGCCCAACAUUUUCAUCUAAUUUAUCAUCCAGACGUCCCGAUUCUUCUGUUCCAGCAGGAAGAAAGACCAUGGAUGGAAGCAAAGAAGUAGUCAACCAACAGCUGUUACCUGAGCUGAAGCAUUGAAAGCUGCAGUUUAAGAUCCUCUUGCCACUUUCUUAGACGAGUGAAAAAGUGCUGAGCUAGCUUGUAGUCAGAACGUGCCUGUAAAUUUCUUUUCCCACAGUGAUGUCUUCCUGAGCAUCCUGUUACAUAAGGCCAAAAUAUUCUCUCUAGUGUGUAGCUUAAUCAGAAUCUAAACUGCACAUCCUCAAGUGUUUUAUAGUACACUGCAUUUCUGAUUAGAGUCCACAUUCUGCAGUAGACCUCAGCAGCAGAAGAAAACAUUUCCCAAGAUAGACCCAGAUAGAAGGCUAAGUGUUGGCAUUUGUGAAUGGCUUGUUCAAUUUUGUGAAACUGUUGACAUUUUUUUGUAUUUUAUUCUUUGUCUAUAUAUUUAUUUGCAAAUUCCCCAUGAAUUAAAGUCAGUGUAAAAUUCA